AUGAAUGCUAGAUUAUGUUUUAUUUUUCUGACAAUAUUUCUUCCACAAAUAUCAUCGUUAUUUUCAAAUAAAAAUAUUCUCUGUAGUCAAUCAAUUUCAAAUUCAUUCAUUGAUUUAUCGAUAACCACGAAUCAAAAUGUAUCAAUAGAUCUGUGUAAUAAAAGAUUUAAUAUCAGUAUACGUUCAAAUGAAAAUUUUUUCUCGAAAAAUAUUUCUCUUGAUGAAUCCCUUGAAACUCAAACAAAUCCGUAUUUUGCCUAUGUUGGCCACAUUAUUGAUGAUGAUCAUUCAACUGUCAGUUUAAUUACCUAUCCACAAUUACAGAUCUAUAUCUAUUUAAAUGGUACAUAUUAUUAUUAUAUUUCAUUAUCAAAUAGUUUAACCGUAACAUUGCAGUUUUCUCAACGAAAAUUACUAAAAUAUUAUCCGCAAUUACUUGAUGAUAGUUUAUGGAAAAUUUUACAACAAGAAGAAGAUUUUUAUCAACAAAAUUCUUUAAUUUUACAUGAUUUACAUUUUAUAUAUGAGCUAUUAACAUUACCAUGCGAAUCUGAUAAGUUGCAAUACAAAACCACAUCCUAUUGUGCAUUUGCUUUAUUUAUUGAUGAAAUUUUGUAUGAAAAAACAUUCGAUUCGAAUAUCUAUUCUAUAUACGCAUUCAUAGAACAUUUUAAUUUUUUAUUACGUACAUUAACCCAUAAUGAAUAUGGAGGUUUUUCAUUAACAAAAUUAAAAUUAAUCACGCAUAUUGACAUCAAUUCAAAUAAUUCAUUUGACAUAUUGCAUAAACUAUCUCAUGAUCAAAGCUUACUAUCGAAAGAUUAUUGCCUUGUUCAUCAAAUGUUAACAUCUAAUACUGAAAAAGAUAAUUAUGUUCUUGGUUACCAAUCAUCAAUUCAUACAUAUGAUAUUGGUGGAAUAUGUUCAUUACCAUUUGACAUGAAUAAUAAUAGUUCAGAAGAAAUAAAUCUUAAUACAGGUUUAUCAAUAUUAAAUGACAACAUAACGAAAAAUCUGUCAGUAUUUUUUAAUGGUUUAAUGAAAACAAGCUAUUUAUUUCUUCGUCAAAUGGGUUUAAAUUUAACUUUAUGUUCAAUAAAUACAACUCGAAAAGGUUUUUUUCAAUUUAAUACAGAAUUAUCACCUAUUUUUCAAAAUUGUAUGGAUCUAAUACCAAUAACGUUAGGCACAGCACUUAAACGACGUGCACAUUUUUGCUUUACUCAUGUCAAUUCAUAUAAUAUAACAAAUCAAACAAUGAAACAAGACACAACAUGUAAACAAUCUACUGAUUUUCAAUCAUCGAUAACAGUCGAUGGGAAAAAACGUAAAAGUCCGUAUGUUGAAAAUGCAUUGAAUGAUAAUCGACCUGGUGAAUGGUUUGAAGGAAAUAUUGUUGGAAUGAUUUUAACAUUUUCAUUAUUAAUAUGGAUACCUGUUAGUUGUUUUGUACAUUUUUGUGUUGAUGAAAUAAAUAAAAAAUCAUUUAUCGAGAAACAACAAGAUAUGGAAACACAAGCAAUGCCACCAUCGAUGAAUGAACAAAUUGAAUUAACAAAACAAACGCAAACUGACUAA